CCCGAGCCACUGCGGGGCGACAGCCCAGCCGACUGGCUAGCAGAGCCGCUGGAAGCGGACGUGGGCGCUGUGGUGGUGGGCUUCGACCCGCACUUCAGCUACAUGAAGCUCACCAAGGCUGUGCGCUAUCUGCAGCAGCCGGGCUGCCUGCUUGUGGGCACCAACAUGGACAACCGGCUACCCCUGGAGAAAGGCCACUUCAUCGCGGGUACCGGCUGUCUGGUUCGAGCGGUGGAGAUGGCCGCCCAACGUCAGGCCGACAUCAUUGGGAAGCCCAGCCGCUUCAUCUUCGACUGCGUGUCCCAGGAGUACGGCAUCAACCCGGAACGCACCGUCAUGGUGGGGGACCGUCUGGACACAGACAUCCUCCUGGGCGUCACCUGUGGCUUGAAGACCAUCCUGACCCUGACUGGAGUCUCUACACUCGAGGAUGUGAAGAGUAAUCAGGAAAGUGACUGCAUGUCUAAGAAGAAAAUGGUCCCUGACUUCUAUGUUGACAGCAUAGCCGACCUCUUGCCCGCCCUUCAAGGUUAAAGAUUUAGUGUCUUUAAUCUCCAGAAUAAAAAAAGAAAUUCAAAAUCACUUAACCAAAUCAAUAGGUGGAGCUUAGGCAUCCACUCAUGUAGGUGACCACAGAGUGUAAUUGGAGUUAAGCAAAAGUGUUUUGUUAGUUUUGUAAGUAAAUGUUCUGGGGGCAAUGUUGUUUACAGAUGCUUAUAUUUUAAGAUGCACUUUUAAUCUUUGAGGGCAUUGUGGGGAUAGGCCUGGGCCUUGGAUGUGUUGGCAAGGGCAGGCAUAGCAUCUGUCCAGGAUUCAGGUAACUUCAGGCCCUGCUGAUAAUAAUGAGGCAGGUCUAGGAGUGUGUCAUGUAUUUGACAGAAAAUUUUAUUCAGGGAUUAAGCCCCCUUGAAGGGCAGAGGGGCAAUGGGGCUGAUUAUUGUGACUGUUGUGAAACAUUUGUACAGAACAUACCAGGCUUCUAACCCCCACCCUGCAUGGUCAUGCAGCAGAGGAGCAGCUGCUGUGUCCCAGCUCCUCACCUGCAAGGCGGGGAUGGAGGAAGGGGCUACUCCCAAGUUGUGUCACCCCGUGUUUGAGGUGUGGGGUGUUGCCCUUACCACCCUCCACCCUCCCCUGCUUCCUUGAAAACCACUUUAAUGUCACAAUUGUCUGUUCCAUUUCAAUGCUCAGGGCUGCGGCUCCUCAUAUACAGCUGCCCAGUUCUGUAAAAUCAGCCCAGCUAAACCUCGGCUAUAUCAAGUGUGCAUUUAAACCCAGGUGACUCAGACUGAGUGCAUUGUCAGCUGAGGGGCCAAGUGGGCAUGGAUGCCUUUGCUGCAGUCUGGGCUGCUAUACAGGGAGCUCAGAGCAGCAUUGGUACCAAAAAUAAUAAUUUUUUUCAACUUGUGAACAACUUUGUCAAGUGGUAAAUUGAAUCUUUAAAUGUAUAAUAGCUAUGUUCUGUCUCAUAGAGAAAAUCCCACCGAAGGCUGCAUGCCCUGCAAGCAGCAGCACAGCUAAAGGCAUGUGUUACUCAAGGACUGCCUGUCAUCUGAGGCUCCCUCUUGGUGGGGAAGGAGAGAGGUCCCUAAGAAUAGGAAUUUCUUUUACAAAGCAUCCAGUCUUUUCUUAUCCUCCUGUCUCCUGGGUUUGGGUGGGGGUUAGAUAUCAGUAGCCCAUGAGACCACCUCUCUUGGCCCUGGACUCCCUUGUUGAUGGCCAGUGGGAGGAUUGGCAGAGCCCACCAGCCAGCCAGGGGUUCUUGACAGGGGCUCUGGCCUUUUCUGUCUGUUCUCUGGGUUUGCUGACCUUUAGCAGCCUGCUGAGUAGACUCAGCAGCAUUUGCAGGGCAGAGCUGGGAAGCUGUUCCUUUCUGCUGACUCCUUCCUGGUGCCUUGCCCUGCACCCAGUGGCUUCUCUCCCAGCCUUGUGGUCAUGGUACUCCUUAAUCUGUUCACCAAGUUCUCAGCAAUAAAGGGUAUUCCAGCCCUGCAGCUGCUCCUGGCCAAGGUGGUUGGGCUGGGGCCAUGCCUGUGAGGUUGGUGGUGCUGACAUUUGCUCUGCAAGAUUGGCUCAAGGUGGGUCUGGAUAUCAAGCAGGCCUGUCAGGGCGUUGUCACCCACACCAGGAGGAGCACGUGGCAGGUGCAGCAGCCAGCAAUGCCUCCCUCUUCUGGGAGCCUGUGUGCACCUCAUCUCUGGCCCCUUGCACUGUGUGAACCCAAAUGCACAUUAAACUCUCAAACCCA